UCAUAUUGUCCAGUACAUGUAUGGUUGUGAAUGGGACGAUGAAACUAACGAAGUGAAUGGAUUUCGACAGUUUGGUUACGAUGGAGAAGAUUUCAUCUCUUUGGAUCUGAAGACAGAAACAUACAUCGCUCCAGUUCAACAGGCUGUUCCCACCAAACACAAGUGGGACAGUAACAAAGCAGAGUUGGCUUAUUGGAAAAACUACUUCACCACAGACUGUGUUGAUUGGCUGAAGAAGUAUGUGGAGUUUGGUCGGAGCUCACUGAUGAGAAAAGAUCUUCCCUCAGUGUCUCUCCUCCAGAAGACUCCCUCCUCUCCGCUCACCUGCCACGCUACAGGUUUCUACCCCGACAGAGCCGACUUGUUCUGGAAGAAAGACGAGGAGGAGCUCCAUGACGUGGUCAAAGGAGAGAUCCUCCCCAACCAUGACGGGAGCUUCCAGAUGAGCGUUGAUCUGGAUCUUUCAGGGCUCAAAGAUGAAGACUGGGGGAGGUACAGCUGUGUGUUUCAUCUGGCUGGAGGACAGGAAGUCUCCAAGAGACUGGACAAACGGGACAUCAGGACCAACUGGAAGACAAAUGAUGGAGGACUUCACACUGGACUUGUUGGACUGGCCACUCUGGCAGGCUGCAUCUAUGUACUCGUCAUCUACUUGAAGAAAGGACCUCAAGGGUUCAGAGCCACUAACACCUCUGAAACUUCCCCUUCAUCAGGAGAAGAUCCAUCUAUGCAGAGCAUCAGAAACCUCUUCAUGAAAGGAAGAGUCCAGAGAGCUCCAGUCAUUGAGUCUGAUGGAGCAAGAGCCAAAAGAAAUGAUGGAGAAGUUGCUGAUUGCUCCACUCUGAGCUGCUCUCCAGGAUGA